CCCUCCUUAUCUCAGGAAUGACAUCCGAACAACGGAGAAAACCAUGGAUCUAUACAUUCAAACAUGGAGAGUACAUUUAUAAUAUUGGAUUUUAACUUUAACGUUUACUUUAAGAGCAGUGCAUCCAAUAAGCUGUGUGCACGUCAUAUUGGAAAUAUUUACAUGUUGCUUUAAUGCUUGACCAUGAGAAAUUAACGGGCUGGGUCCGUUAUCGCCUGCAUUAGACAUGUCUGGGGAUGAAGACAGAUAUCCCGAGGCGCAACUGGUCACGGAGGCCGGGCCCAACUGGCUCCGAGCCGAGAUCGAGCGCUUGUCCCGGGAGCUCAGCGAGACGACCCGGGAGAAGAUCCAGGCGGCGGAAUACGGGCUGGUGGUGCUGGAGGAAAACCAACAGCUGAAACAACGCUUUGAAGAUCUUGAAGGCGAUUAUGAGACCGUCAGACAAGAGCUGGAUCAACUUAAAGAGGCGUAUGGCCAGGUUCACUCCACCCACAGAAAGGUGGCAGCAGAUGGCGAGAGCAGGGAGGAAUCUCUUAUCCUGGAAUCGGCAUCUAAAGAGGCAUAUUAUGAGCAGAGAAUGCAAGAACUACAGGCCGACCUUCGGCAAACGAAAAACAGUCUCACCAGCACACAGGCGGAGAACGAACGUCUGGCCACCCUUGCGCUGGAACUAAGAGAGAACAAUGAGAUAGUUGAGCUACAGCGCACCCGUCUGCGUGAUGACAUCAGAGAGUACAAGAUCCGAGAGUCACGUCUGCUGCAGGACUACUCCGAGUUGGAGGAAGAAAACAUCAGCCUACAGAAACAAGUCUCUACCCUUAAACAGGGUCAGGUGGAAUUUGAGGGACUCAAGCACGAAAAUCGCCGUUUGGAGGAGGAAGUGCAGUACCUGAACAGCCAGCUAGAAGACGCUGUUCGGUUACGCGAGAUUGCUGAGCGCCAGCUAACAGAGGCUCUAGAAACCGUGAAGACAGAACGGGAGCAGAAAGCUGCCCUAAGAAAAGAACUGACCCAUCACAUGACCCUUGGAGACUCACUCCUAGCCAGCUCAUUGGAUGGACUUAAACUGAGUACAGAUGAACCUAAUAAUGAUGAUGCAAUUAUGACAUUUGAAAACGGAUUUGCCAAAGUUGCUGACGGUAACGAUGAAGAUAACAGAUUGUCUGUACCCAAGAGAGGUGAAAACGUCCGUCCUGCACCAAGUCUGGUGGAUGACUUGUUGAGCGAGCUGAACAUCUCUGAGAUCCAGAAACUCAAGCAACAGCUUUUACAGGUCGAGCGGGAGAAGGUGGCUCUACUAACUACUCUACAGGAUUCUCAGAAGCAGUUAGAACAAGCUCGAGGUGCGUUAGCUGAACAGCAGGAAGCUAUGACGAGACUUAGUGACGAUUUGGGGGUCAUGAGGAGACUGCAGGUAGGCAAGGAGCGUCAGUCGGCCCUUGACAGCGAGCGAGAGCGGGACAGUCGAGAGGACAAUGAUGCUGAUUAUUAUGAGCUGGAUAUCAACGGUCCAGAAAUACUGCGUUGCAAGUAUGAAGUAGCUAUAACGGAGGCAGGUGACCUUAGGGAGGAGCUUAAGGGAUUAAAGGCGGAGCAUGAUGAGAUGAAGGUGGAGCAUGAGGAGGUACGGGCACGACUAGAGGGACAAGUCCGUGACCUCACCAUCCAAGUAUCUCAGUUGGAGGGCAUCAGCCGUGCAGACCGUGACCAGGUCGUUAGGUUGGAAAAGAAACUAAAGGAAGUGAGCGCAGUUGCGGGCGAGACAGAGGGGAGUCUUAGCGUUGCCCAGGAUGAACUUGUCGCCUUUAGCGAAGAGCUCGCAAACCUCUACCACCACGUUUGCAUGUGCAACAACGAAACCCCAAAUCGUGUUAUGCUUGAUUAUUACAAAGAGGGUAAAGGAAACAAAACUGAAAAACAUAAACAUAGUCGGUCUACACUGACGCAAACUAACGAUAGCACGGCUCAGGCACCCGAGUCCAACUCCACAACCGUGGACAGUUCUACUUCUGUGACGCCAGUCAAAGAAGACCCACGUCCUGAACCGAUGGACAUCUACAACCUGGUAGCGAUAAUUCGGGAUCAGAUUCGUCACUUGCAGAAGGCAGUGGACCGCACCACAGAGCUUUCCAGGCAAAGAGUUGCCUCUCUAGAGUUGGCUGCGGUGGCGGAUAAAGAUCAAGCUGCUUGCAUGGAAGAGAUUUUGAAGCUCAAGUCCCUGCUGAGCACCAAGAGAGAACAGAUUGCCACACUGAGGACUGUCCUCAAGGCCAACAAACAGACAGCUGAGGUCGCCCUGGCCAACUUGAAGAGCAAAUAUGAUAAUGAGAAGGCCAUGGUCACAGAGACCAUGAUGAAACUUAGGAACGAGUUGAAGGCACUUAAAGAAGACGCAGCCACCUUCUCCUCUCUCAGGGCCAUGUUUGCCACCAGAUGUGAUGAGUAUGUAACCCAACUGGACGACAUGCAGAGGCAGCUGGCUGCAGCUGAAGAUGAGAAAAAAACUCUUAACUCCCUCCUACGAAUGGCCAUCCAGCAGAAACUGGCACUUACCCAGCGCCUGGAGGAUCUGGAAUUUGACUACGAGCAAGCUCGACGAGGAUCUGGUUCUGGGCCGGGUGGCCGUGGGAAGGCUCGGUCUGGGCGUGGCAACGGACCAUCUUCGUUUUCCAGCCCCCACUAAUUUUAUUUUAGGUGUGAAGAUUUAAGUGUGGUUAUUUUACUCUAUGCGUCCAGAAUACACAAAAUGCAUCCCUGGUCCAUUUACGGAAAUGAAUUUUCUCCUGGAUGUGACUUCAAGAAAAACAGUCUCCCAUUUACAGCCAGUUGAUCAAUGAAUUUGACUGUUAUAUCUGUACUGUGGUAAUCUUCAAUUUCUGUUUUUAUUUUUCUGCUUUGUUGUUUUUAUGUAACUUGUGCACUUUUGGGUGCAUUUGUUAAUGUUAUGAGAUGCACGUUCAGUAUAGCACAUUUUUCUGUUGUUGCAAAUUUUACCUAUUUAACUGAAAAAAAAGAUAAUAUAAGAACUUUUGUUAAUAGUAUUCGAAAGGCAUAACUUCCAGGUUUUGAGCAUAACCGAGGGAGGAACAAAUAAGGUAUAUCUUUAUGUUUUUGGUCUUGAAUAGCCAAACUUUUUAACAUUAGCUAGACAUGUAGUGUCACUCCACUAAAACAACAAAGACUUUGACUUGCUCCUAAAUAUUUUUGGAGUCACAGAUGUGUUAAAUUUACAAACGUAGAAAAUAAUCAUGAAUUCCAAAUUGGAAUUUUUGUUAUUUUAUUUUGCCAAGUUUUUUUGUGGUUCACGAUGCGAUACAAUAUUUGUUUUCAGACAUUGAUUACUUUCUAUUUUGACUAACUCUCAUCUAAAGCCUCAUGUGCCUUUUAUGCAGCAGGUUUUGUGUUUUCAUGAACAAUUCUGAGAGCCAUAAUCUUACGUUUCUGCUGUUUGUCUGAUGUAACCAGCCUGAUCUCAUGAGAAUUCACAUGUAUUUUAGGAGUGUUGGCUAAUUUGUAUGAAGUGAAUCGUACAAAAACGAAAUCGGAUUAUUAUAAAAACAAUAAUGAAACCCCACCCCUAACCCCAACGUCACAUGUGGUCAUUUGAAUUAGCCACGUCGUAAAAUACAUACGAAUUGCCAUGAGAUGGCAUUAGAAUUCACUCAUUUGGCUCGGUAACUUUGGCAUAUUGUCAGUAUGCAGACAUCUGAUUUUGUUAUUAAGCACAAUUUUUGAAGGUCAGAGUCUGUCAGACAUUUUGUAUAGGAAAACAGUUUUAAAUGCUAGUUGGGUGUGGUAAAAUCAUACAUUCCUUGAGAAAGUAAUGAUUGCUGAUGGUGGUCACAAUGUCAUUGUUUGUCAUUAUUUUCUUGUUUGUAACCAUGCUAAUUGUUUGUAUUUCAGCAAGCAGAAAACUUUUUGUGCCAUUUCAAAUUUUAUUACAUUGUAAAAUUUCGGUUUUCUUUUGACCACAAAUUAAGUGCAAUUUUGUAUCGUUUCUGUCUCUUCUAUAGUUUUCUUUUUGCUGAAAACCACUUCAUCAGCCAUGACAUAGUUUUGUGUUACUUUUCAGUAUAUUUUUACACAUUUGUAUGGAAUGACCUCACAUAUGUUUGUUUGUAUUUAUUCAUAACCUUGGCUAUCGGUUCAGUAUUAAUGACUUAAGUUUAUAUGCAUAUUAACUGGGGCUGCCUCUCUUUGCAUUUCUACUUGAAUUUUUACAGGUGAAGUGUAUAAACUAUGCUGCCUGUGUUUUUUUUAACAUUGUCAACAUUGUGUUUUUUCUAAACGUUUGUGCUUCAGACUCUGUAGAUCAACAUGCAGAAGACUUUAUAGAAAAAAAUAAACUAAUGUAAAAUAUUU